CCACCUCGUACACACGAAACUCGACUCUCGGUCUCAUCGCCCCCUCUCCAGUGCCAAUUCCUGCAGUUCCCUGCAGUUACACUAAGACUCGCGCUUUAACAAAAACCUAGCCAACUGUAGAGAACUGCAGGCAGCCCCACAGCACAGGGCGCGCUCAAAAGCUCUUCAAUAGUCGCGAGUCAAGAAUGGACAAACUCGCUCGCCUUUGGGCUGCUGACGACACUCGACGACAAGGCGAUGCACGUAAUCUCCGUUUUCAGCGUCUCGGAAUACGUGUACAAACCAUGGAGCGCUACAAUGGCAGUAACCGCAUCAUUGCUGCUGACAGGUAGUAAGUGGAAUGCAAUUAAUUCUGCACCGACGAUUAUGUGGUAAUGGUGUUGGUAUAGCUGUUGCGCCUCGAUCCUGAAUUGAAUUAAGCGCCUCUUUUUCUUUUUUUGGCUUCCAAAAUUUUUUGUUGCUUUAAAUUGGCGUAGAUUUUGCCUUUCGCAGCUAGGGUUAGGGCUAGGGAUUCGGGUUCGGCCUUUUAUUUCAUUUUUUAGUUCUCGCUAAGAAUUUCGUCGAAUUGGGGGAGAAUGGCGAGCGGCGGCGGCGGCGAUGAGGGGUUGAGGUGCGCUCAACUUAGCGCCUGCGGAAUGUGGAGAUGCAAUUUGUUUGCGGUGAGUGGAGGAACGCUUUGUGAGAAGCACAACUCGUCAGUGCAGAGACAUGGGGAGAAGAGGAAGUUGCAGAAACUAGGGAUUGGUGAAAAUGGCGCCGGGAGUUCUUCUCAGGGCAGUGAUCGGAAGAGGAAGCGAGAUGACGAUGGCAGCGACAGUGAAUUUGAGGUUUUGGGGAAGAAGAGUGGGAGAGGGAAGGGUUUGAAGAAAAGGGGGAGGAAGAAGAAGAAGAUUUUGCGGAUCAGUGAUAGAGUAGUUAGGAAGGGUGAGAAGGGAAGGGGUAAGGGUUUGAAGAACAAGAAGGAACUCAGUUUGGGCUAUGAAGUUCCAGCGAGUGGGGAGGUUUUCAAUGGUGAGGAAUUAGGUAUCCUUGGUGCAAUUGAGGCAAUGGAGUCGGCAUCGAAUGGCUGUAGCUUUCCAGCUUAUCAAGCCAGAGUCUUGUACAAUAGUUAUGUUGGUGGAAGUUGGGUAGGGGUGUUUGAGGAUUUCAGAGGGUUAGGAGGUGAAGGGAUUGAAGAUGGGAGGAUGGGCGAUGGCGAUCAAGGAGCUUCGGUGCUAAUAUCUGGAAAUGUUGCUGAAUUGGGAGGGGAUGUUGCGGCAGCCAUGGCGGACGAGGCUGGAAAGGGCAAGGCUUUACAGCUUGGUGCUUUUAGUGGUGAUGGUGUUUUUCAUACUCCUGUUAAAACUGUUGGUCGUCGUGGACGGCCGAAGGGUUCCAAGAACAAGAAGAAGAAAGUGACUGAUGGCGGCAUUGAUGAAGCUUCUUGUUCCAUUCCUGUCAAAAGUUCUGGUGGCCGUGGACGGCCAAAGGGCUCCAAGAACAAGAAGAAGAAAGCAAUCGUGUUGGGAGAAAAGACUGAUGGCAUCAUUGGUAGUGAAGUUUCUUGUGAUACCACUGUCAAAAGUUCCGGUGGCCGUGGACGACCAAAGGGCUCAAAGAACAAGAAAAGGAAGAUAGAUGAGAUUAUCAAAAUGCCUACUGAGGGGAUGGCCGGUGCUCUUUCUGCCAUCAAUAGGAAUGGCGAUGAGGCUGCAGUUCAGAUGGUUGGUCCAGAGGAUUCCUGGACUACUACUACUACUACUACUACUACUGCUUUGGAUGAUAGUAAUCGAGAUGGAUCUGCAAUUUUAGCGUCACAGGAAACGGGAAGGAAUGUUGCCAGCAAUGAUAAUACAGCCCUUGCUAUAAGAAGUGGCAGAGGAAGGCAAAAAGGGUGGUCAAAAAAUAGAAGUUCAACGACACCAGAAGUUGAUCAAGGUGGACGUGCUGGAUUUAUAUCUAGAAUCAAUGUAGGAGAUGUGUCUGAUGAGGAGGAGGAGGACAGCCCACCUUCGGAUUCUGACGAAGACUAUGAAUCUGCAUGCAUGGGAACAAAGAUACGUAAUGGCAGUCUCAGAAAGAGAAAGUCAUCCGCCUUGGGAAUGUCGGACGAUAGCUCACAAAAGGAGCAGCGCAGAUUGGUGUCAACUUGCCAUCAAUGCCUGAGGAGGGAUAGAGAUUUUAUUGUUCUGUGUACAAAUUGCCGCAAGAAACGUUACUGCAAUGACUGCAUUGCUAAGUGGUAUCCCAAGCAGUCGAAAGAAGAACUCGAACAAAAGUGCCCGUUUUGCUGUGGGAAUUGCAAUUGCAGAGCUUGCCUUCAAGCAGUAGUACCCGUAAAGGGUUACCGGAAAGAAGUUGACGAGAACAUCAAGCUGCAACGAUAUUCGUAUAUGCUGCACUACAUUCUGCCACUCCUGAGGCAAAUACAGCUCGAGCAGAGAACUGAACUAGAUGCCGAGGCGGUCAUUCGAGGUGUUCAAGUAAGGCAAGAAGAUAUACCGUUAGCAAUCUUCGAAGAAGAUGAUCGAGUCUACUGCGAUAACUGCAAGACAUCUAUUGUCAAUUUCGUCCGAAGCUGCCCCAACCGUGAAUGCUCCUACGACAUGUGUCUCGACUGUUGUCAGGAACUCAGACAAGGUCUUAAACCAGGAGGUACCGAGGUUGCUUCCUCCGAUGAGCAUUUAGAUAAAUGGGAAGCUAGGAUUGAUGGGAACAUACCGUGUCCUCCGAAACACCUCGGGGGCUGCGGAACGGGAAAUUUAGUACUGAGACGGAUACUCGAUCCUUAUUGCGUGGAGAGAUUAGUUACGGCUGCGGAUGAUUUCAUUUCUCAUUUUCAAUUAUCGGAUAUGGGCUUCUCUCAACAAUGCCUUCGGUGUUUCCCUCCCCAUACGGAAAAUGAUUUUUCCAAAGUAAGACGAGCAGCUUUCCGGGAUUCAAGUUGGGAUAACUUUUUGUACUGUCCAAAUGCCGUGGAACUCAAAGAUACUGAGCUCGAACAUUUCCAAAUGCACUGGCGGAGAGGCGAACCCGUCAUAGUUCGCGCUGCACAUGAAAAGGCUUCCGGUCUUAGCUGGGAGCCGACGGUAAUGUUGAGAGCUUUCCGGAACGCCAGUAAGAAAUUGAAGCAAGGCGAUUUCACGGUGAAGGCUAUCGAUUGCUUGGAUUGGUGCGAGGUUGAGAUUACUAUUAACAAGUUCUUCAAGGGCUACUUAGAAGGGCGCAAGCAUCGCAGCGGUUGGCCCGAGAUGUUGAAAUUGAAGGAUUGGCCUCCGGCAAAUCAUUUCGAAGAAUGUCUGCCGAGGCAUAAUUCUGAAUUCAUGGCGAUGCUUCCGUUUGGCGACUAUACUCAUCCGAGAUCUGGUCUCAUGAAUCUUGCUACGAAGCUUCCCGACUGGGCGUUGAAGCCGGACUUGGGACCCAAAACCUAUAUCGCCUACGGAUACCCGGAAGAACUCGGCAAAGGCGACUCCAUUGCUAAGCUCCACUGUGACGUUUCUGAUGCUGUGAACAUAUUGACGCAAAAGACUGAGGUGCCGACUCCCCAGUGGCAGAAGAAAAUAAUUGACAAGCUGAGGACGGAACUUCAGCCCGAAGAAUCGAAAAGUGUCGUAGAAGAGAGACAAGAAGCAGUGACCAAAGAGCCAAAGAGGGUCUCUGAAGAGCGACACGAAGCAGCGACCGAAGAGUCGAAAACGGUCUCCGAAGAGCGACAGAAAGCAGUGACCGAAGAGGCGAACAAGGUCUCUGAAGAGGGACAGGAAACGACGGCGACAACUGCAAGCGGAAAUGUAUCAACCGGCUGGCCGAUGCAGAACGAUAAUAAUGCCUUUGAAAACUACAGUUUCCAAUGGAACAACGAGUCGAACUCGUGGCCGUUGGAAAGCUUAAUCGAAGGAAACGAGUUUAUUCUCGAUAGCAUUAGGCCGGUGCUGCCGCAGACGUGGUCGGACAUCGGGAUGGAGUCACUGCCGGGUAAGUUCAUCGAGAUGGAUUACCCUCCGGAAAGCAAGCCUGCCAAUCUUCCCGUCGUCGAAUCUGAUGCGGCGUCGGGUGCUGCUCUGUGGGACAUCUUCCGCCGGGAGGACGUGCCGAAACUGUCGGAAUACCUGCUGAAACACAAGAAAGAGUUUCGGCAUUAUAACAACUCGUCGGUCGAAUCUGUUACGCACCCGAUCCACGACCAGAUAUUUUAUUUGGACGAGAAGCACAAGAAGCAGUUGAAGGAGGAAUACGAUAUUGAGCCUUGGACGUUCCAACAGCAUCUCGGCGAGGCUGUGUUCAUUCCCGCAGGCUGUCCUCAUCAAGUGAGGAACCAACAGUCCUGCACGAAGGUUGCUCUCGAUUUUGUGUCCCCCGACAACAUUCAGGAGUGCAUUCGACUGACGAAGGAGUUUCGGCUGCUCCCUCAGAACCACCGGUCAAAGCAGGACAUUUUGGAGGUGAAAAAACUCGCGGUGUACGCCGCAAUUUCAGCAACCGAAGAUGCCAAGAAAUUGAUGUCGAAAUCAAGCUCUUCAGCUCCAUCGAGUGGUCGGGAUUUGGUCGACGAUGCAGAAUGGCGCCAUCCACAGCAGUCGGGCGCCAUCGAGAAAGCUGCCGGCGGUGAGUUUGUAUUUAAUGUUUAGGAUUGAUUGAUCAAAUUGCUUGUGUACUUUGUUGUAGAUCAAAGCUUCUGUGUUUAGUUGUCAGAACAGAUGGAUAUUGAUAGGAAAGAUGGAAUAAAUACCAAAAUGAAGCGCGACUAUAGGGUUCUGUUAUUUGUCGAAUUAGGAGCAUAUCUUUUAUAACUGUUUCUUGUUAUGGAUCGCCGAGGCUUUUCGAUCUCUACAUUACAGGUUGUUUCUGGUUACGGAGCAUCCUUCGCCGAUGUGAUUGGCGUAAAAAUUAUCUUUGAAUAUGGCUGUGGUUAAAGUGCUGAUA